AUGGUUUAAGUCAAGUUCAUAGUCUUGUUAGUCUGUGCAUUGACACUGACCUAAGGUACGUCUCAUAUAUAUGUCAAGCUUUCGAAGCUGAGGGCACACUCUUGUCGAUGUCAUUAAAUGAGAUUAGCAACCUCAAUUUAGGGGAUGUUAAUUGUUAGAACACAUCUUAGCAAUAGUUUGUGUAAUUGGAAUAAAGUCUCGAGUCUUGGGCCGACAUCAUCGAUCACAAGGAUGACAUCUAAAAAGAUAUCAACACUUUGAAACAAAUGGAAGUGAUCUUACUAUAAGUCAAGAAAUAAACAUAAAAGAAGAGUAAAUUAGUUUAUCUUAUUUCUAGAGAUCGCUCCCUCACAAUUAAAAUAGAUUGAUUAGGUCUUGACAAAGAAAAUUAAGUCUUUGGUUCUCCCAUAAACAGCAAGCAAAAUUGGACAAGCUCAUUGUGAUGAAAUCGAAAGACAAUUAGAGAGAUUAAGUAGUGAUAAUGAGUCAGAAAGAAGUGAAUGUUGUGAUGCUCUUCUCAAAUUGGCCACCUUCCUCAUCAGACAAUUAUCCAGCAUUAAUUAAUAAUGCCAUUAAAACCCAGUCACUGUCAUUAAAAUCAAGGGACAAAUUAAAGAAUUGCAUAUCAUCCAAGGAGGAUGCGGAGGAGGACAAACCAUUGACAUCCCAAUGGGAGGAUCAGAUGAAAAAUGUGAUAAACCAGAAACCCCAACCAAACCCACAGAUCCUACUACUCCCGAAAAGCCAACUGACGACCCAGUCCCAGAUCCCGGAAAAGAAGAAGAAACCAUCGAUGAGGAAACUGUAACUGAAGAAGGUGAGACAACACCACCAGGACCAGAUGCUGAAGAAGAAGGUGAAGGAGAACCCACCCCAGAACCAGAUGCUGAAGAAGAAGGCGAGACAACUCCACCAGGACCUGAUGCUGAAGAGGAAGGAGAAGGAGCACCCCCUGGACCAGACGCUGAAGAAGAAGGAGAAGGAGAACCCACACCAGAACCAGAUGCUGAAGAAGAAGGUGAGACAACUCCACCAGGACCAGAUGCUGAGGAGGAAGGAGAAGGACCAGAACCUGCUGCUGAAGAAGAAGGAGAAACUACUCCAGCAGAACCUACAGCAGAAGAAGAAGGUGAAACAGCUACGCCUGCAGGAGAAGAGGAAGGAGAAACAGCAUAACCAUCAGCUGAAGAGGAGCUUCAUGAACCAGCUGAAGAGGAAGAGGAAUCAUUUGGACCAGAUGAAAAAAAUAAUACAAAGGGACCAGGAGAUAUUCCAGAAGAUGCUGAAGAAGAAGGAUUCUUACCAGAGGAAGAAUUUAGUCCUGAAGAUGGACCUUAAGCAGAGGAGGAAGGAGCAGCAGAGGAAGGUGCAGCUGAAGAAGUCACCCCUGCAGGUGAAGAGGAAGGAACUCCAGCUGGUGAGGAAGACCAAGGAGAAAAUGUUCCAGGAGAAGAAGGUUUCCCUGAAGGAGAAGAAGAAAGCGAAUUCCCAGGAGAUAUCCCAAAAAACAAGAAUGGAACUUCUACUAUUCCUGAUAUCCCUGAAGGUGGUGAGGAAGGUGCUGAAGAAGGUGCUGAGGAAGAAGGAGAAGAAGGAUCUGGACCACAUGGUCCUAAAUCUACACCAGCAGGAGAAGAAGGAGAAGAAGCUGGAGAAGAAGAAUCUGAAUCAGAUGAUAAACCAGGCUCAAAACCAAACUCAAAACCACAUGGUCCUAGAUCUAAACCAGCAGGAGAAGAUGGUGAAGAAGCCGGAGAAGAAGAAGAAGGAUGGGUCCCAGGAGACAUUCCAUAAGGUAAAAAUGGAACAAAACCCAUUCUUGAUUUACCUGAGGGUGAAGAAGAAGCUGAAGAAGGAAGUGACGAAGUAGGAGAAGAGAGUGAAGAAGGUGGAGAAGAAGGUGAAUAAGUUCCAGGAGAUGAAACUGAAGAAACUCCAGAUUAACCAGAAGAAUCAGAAGAAAAGUAAUUAGCAAUUAAAAUAUCGAUAGAUGUUAAGAGACUGUUGAAAUAACCGCAACAAACGCAGCUGAUAUCAUGUGUGCAUUAGGUUAAUAUUUGAGUCAAUUGGCUCACGGAGGAUCCCCUGCUGAUAGUCCUAAGGCUAAGAAGGUUUGCUUCUGCUUGAAAUAUGAACCAGGUAAAAAUAUAUUGUAACAUUAGACAAUGCUGAUCCUUCAUUGCUUCAAUUAACUUAAAAGGUGAGCAAGAAAGUUAGAAAAGAACAGGAUGGCAUUUUGAAAGCAUUAAUUCCAAACAUGAGAAUCUGAAUAUGAACAAUCUUUUUUUAUUUAUUGAUCUAAAUAA